CGGAGGCGGAGAAUUCAUCCGGAAGUUCUGAUUUUUGGUCUAAAACUGAUCUAUUUUGGUGGGCUCUUUUGAUUUAUUGCAUGUAAGUGUGUCUAUCAAUUCACAUUCUUGUUUUUUCAAUUUCUUUUCUGUUGGCUACUUGGGGUGCUGGUGCGGGAUUUCUUAAUUCCGUUUUAUGGUUCUUGUUUUGAUCGCUUAUAAACUUUUUCAGUAAGAUUCAUGAGGGAAUAUAUCGAAUGGUAAUCUGUAUAGUCUUUUCAACCCUUGAGAUGCUGAAAACUCUGCUUUAAGCCCUGAUAGUUUUAACGGCGAUAGAGGAACUUCGGUGCAAUUUUGAAUUCUGUAAUUUUGGAGUGAAAAUGUGGUAACCCUUUUGCUUAAAACAUCAGUCGUUUUUUUUUCUUUUUUUUUUCCCUGUCUACUUUUGUUUGGAAGGGUGCUUUGCUGUGGUUUAGAAGCGCACCGCUUUGACUAAUUUUUUAUUUUGUUUUCAACUUUUGGUUUGAUUGUUCUUAUCAGUGUUUUAGAGGUUUGUUACUGAAUUGGGCUUUGAACCCUUGAUCAGAUGAGGUUAUGAACGUAGUACAUUGUGAAGAGUUAGCUGAAGUUAAUUAUUUAUUAUUCUGUUAAAGAGAUUAUUCUGUUGUUAAAGGGCAAUGCUGGGUCAUUGCCAUAUCCUUAUAGUUAUCCAGUGACAUGAAAUGACUUUACAAUCGUAUAAGCAUCUCAGAGUGUAUCUAUUCAUCAAUGAAUUUGCAGACUUGUUUUAUCUGAGCCCAUCAGUAGCUAUGUAAAGAUGGUAUAACUUGGAUGUAGGCUUUGUAAUGGAUAUGGUUGGGUAUUUGUUAUCUGUUUGGCUUGGGAGCGCCAUUUACUGGCCCCUAUUGAUACUGUGGAAGCCUAGGAACUUCAGGAUUACUAGAUGUUACUUACUGAUCUACUCUUGUUAUUUUUGCGCACUGCAACAUUAUGCUUUGUAGAUGUUAGUAGCAUAGAAAUUGACAAACACUUGGAAAUGAAAUUUUCAGAAAGCCCUGUCAGCUGCCUCUUCUACUAACUGCUCUGCAUUUUGCUGUGUCCCUACAUCAGAAAUUUCGGAAAUGAAGACCUUGACACCUAACUGAUUUGUUCCUGAUAUUUAAAAUUGAAUCUGUUUAUGGGUCGUUAAAUUUGGGCUUUUAGCAUGUGACGGUAGAAAGGAAGAAAUAAGUUUCUGCACCAGAACUUUUCUAAACCUGUAUGGCUAUGCAGUUGGAGUCUCACAAGUUUGGUUGGAGUUGUAGGAGAAAUUAAUUGCUUCUUCACAUACAGUAUGGACGAUAAAGAAAACCAUUUAUAAGGUGCCGUAUAAGGAUCAGCAGUUAAUUAUAUCUUAGUACGUUUGUUUCCUUUGCAGCUUGAUGUGCCUUACUUACCUUCCAUAGGAUGGGAUAACAUGGUAACAAUAAGAUUUUAAUGAAUGUUAUGUCACUCCGAAUUGCAUACGAGUCAUGUGAAAUCUGUUGAUAUAGUGGAAUGCUAGCUAGAUGGUCUCAAGUUUAGGAGGCAAAGUUUUGCUACUUACCAAAAAGGGAAGUUUUUUCCUUGGGCGAGAAAUUGACAGGAAUAACAGACGCAGUUUUCAUUUUAUACUACUAGUUAUCUCCUAGUGAAAAACUUGAAGUGCAACUGAAAGUCUGAAGCUUCUGUUUGGGUGUGAAAGUACAUAUCUGUCUGACUUGUCUUGCCUUUUAGAACCAAGGAUUUAGGGAAUUGUAACAAAGUCCUCGAAUUUUGCUAAGAACUAGAAUGAUAAAUCUUAAGGCUAUGGCUGUGACCAAGGAUUUAGGGAAUUGUAACUUUGAGACAUCUAUUUCAAAAGAUACAGUAGUUGGAGUUAUAGCAGUAAUAGGCUGUUACUUGUAGGAAUUCGUGCUUUUGCUCCUUGCUUGCCGAGUUUUUUUGUUCGUUUGAAGGCUUUGAUGUUGAAGUUCCAAUUUUUGCUACCUAUGUGUUUUGUAUCUUGUGAAAUUUGUAUCUAUUGAACUGAAACUUAAAAUCCUACAACUGGUCUGGAUAUAUAUUUUUCAUUUUACUACACAUUUGGGUGCAGAUGGACUGAAGACUGAAGUAAUCAGACAGCUGCUCUAGGUGAAGUUAUGAAACUGGCUCUCCAUGGUCCCAAAGCUGGUGCUUCUAAGCCGAAAGAGUCAAAGACAAAAGGAAAAGUUGAGGGCGAGGUGUCUCAAAACGGAAAGUUAAAUCAAAUGAAAAGUAACCAAAGCAAAAGUAUGAAGUCCCAUUCUUCGGACUUACUAAAAAUGAAGUCCCUAUCUUCAGUGAAGUCCCCUGAAAAAGAAGUAAAUGGAACUUCUACAACAAAGAAGUGUCAGAAGAAUAACUUGGAACCAGUCGCCUCUAAGGAAGACACGAGCAGAAAGAGGAAGAGAGAAGAGGAGCAGAAGAAAUCCGAGUCAAAGAGCAUAAAAUCUGCAGAUCAAAAGGAAAAGCACAGAAAGGAGAAUACAGCGGAAGUAAAGAAAUCAAACUCUGGAAUGGUCUCCCCAGUACAAUCACCAUCCAGGAAAAGAAUUGCAGAGAAUGGAACCAUGGAUCAUGAUGCAAAGCCUGAGAAACCAAAAACAACUGCAGAGAAAGACACAGGUGGAAAGCCUUCGUCGUCUCCGGUAGGUGGUAAGAGCAAAUCAUCAGAUUCUGAGGCAGGCAAGAAGACACAAACAGAAAAUGGCAUUAAACUGAUAACAUAUAGCCGCAAACCUAAACCAGGGACAAGUGGGAAAAAUCACAGUUCAGUUUCGGUAAAAGAAGAAACUGGGUCCUCAAGAAGCAAUGGCCAGGCAAAGAAUGCAGUUCAAAGAAAAUGCACCUGUGCUCCUCUUGCAAAAUCUGUUAACGUGAUUCCAUCACGGCAGCAUGUAAAGAAGACAAUGUCAAAAGCCACUCGACGGGAACCUCCAAGAGCUUCAGUGCAAAAAUCUAAAUCCUCGAGUGCACGCGUACUUAAAGUUAUGCGAGCUCUUGGGUUGGCCCCUCCUGUUGGAUCUCCGUUCAUUAGACAAGGAGCAACCCCCUGA